AUGGCUAGCACUGAGGAUGUCUCACAUGGGCGGACAAACUCGGCGCGCUGCAACAACUCGGACAGGUGUGCACCUUACAACAAGCAGCCGACGCAGUGGGAUGUCAGCGAAGCUCAUUCUGUCCCUGAUGCGGCGUUUUUGAGUCAAUUCAAGACGGCUCUUUCCCAAAGCCAAGAUGCGCUCGGCUGCGAGGAUUUGAUCGCCCAUUCAAAAUGGCCCCCGCGGUUUGAUAGCCAAGAAGAAAUAAUGAUGUCGCGAAGCUCUGUUGCGACCGUCCCAGAACUCUGGCCAAUGGCUGCCGCCGUGGCAUCUCCCUACAAUGAGCCGGAUUCCACGGAAUCCAUGCCACUGUGGCGACCAUUAUUCCAAGCUACCUUUGGCCGCCACCUGUAUGUCUCUAGCUUUCAGCUUGACCAGUAUCUGCGCGACGAUGGCAUGUUACCACCUUAUUUCGACUUUGCUUUGGCGUGCCUGGCCAGCCGAGUAUCACCGCAGGCUCACCCUAGAGCUGGCAGCAUGGCGUCGCCUGCGGCAAAAUACUUUGAUGUGGGACUCAAGCUCUACAUAGUGACUUUGGAGCUUGAUAAUCGCGAAGCACGCACCGUCGAAUCGGUCAUCUCGAGUGCUUUUCUUGCGACAUUUGGGCUAUUGAGUGCGGAUGAAAGUUCCUGGCUCAAAGCUUCUGUAAUCCUAACGUACAGUACGACGAUCUUGCGAAGACUGCAAAUGUUAAAUUGCGAACCUACUAGUGAGAGAACUCAGCUUUCUGCAAGACGCCAAAACAUGAUUGUUGGCUACAGGUAUCUCGUCGAUGUUUUGCUUGCUAUCCAUAUAGUAAUGACGCAAACGCUGGAGCGGCUGAUUGCCCAGAAUCAUUGA